AUGAAUCUUUAUCCAGAUAUGACGUUGGAAGCAUCAGCUGCUUUAUUUGGUAUUCCUAUAAGAUUUGAUCCUGUAUUGACACGCUUUGCUGUUGAUGAUACAAUUGAGGCAUUAGUUUAUAAUAUGUUUAUUGAAACGUGGAUUAACGACACAUCUUAUGAGAACUACUUUGACGCUUGUGCACCAAAAGAAUGUACCUAUACAUAUCAUUAUCGAUCUGAUGCUCUAGAAACUUUAACAACUUUUUAA